CCUAGAGAAGAGACCCUCAUUCCAGCCGCCACCCACCCUAACCAACCCAAAAGACCCUUCGAGACCACUAGGCUUCAGCACCGAUCAUCUCUUCACCACAGCCGCCCACCCCAGAAAAAGAACUCCCCAGCGCCGCUGCCUUCCUUCUCCAACCACCUGCGGCCACCCUUUUCUCUAACCUUCAGCCGCAAAAACCCUCGCCUUCUUUCACCAAAACACACAUACGUACAAUAGCGAAAAACAUAUUAGUACAUAUAGAAUAGGUAGAAUUCAUUUAGUCUUACACUUUGUAUUCUAAAGAAUCCUUGUUUACAUAACCUUGUACUCUAGAUAGAGUCCUUCUUGACUUGAUACAUUGUACUCUAUAUAUAAUAGAGAAGCUCUCACGUUGAGAGCAUCUUGGGCAAAAUACUAUUUCUCACAUGGUCUCAGAUAGCCAUUAUUAGCCAAACCUAUUUCACACAAGUUCUUCUCAAUCAAAUAUGGUGACAUCCACCAGGGAAACAUCUUCAGCGCCUGUUUCUUCUCCGACAGAUCCUAUUAUUCCUUCUAAUUUAUCUGCACCUUCAACCACGGGAGCUUUCAUAAUUCCUCCUCUCUCUCAAACACUUCCACCAUUCUCCCUUCCUCCUAUCUCUUAUUCAAUUUCCUCGAUGCCAACCUCUCUCCCUGGUCAAUAUUCCUCUCUAAACACUUUACCUGGUUCAUUAGUUAGUAGUGUUGGUCUACCCUUUCAAUUGCCAUUUACUGGUUCUUUGGACCCAACAUCUCUCUCACAGUUCAAUUUUGUCGCCGCUCUUGCUGCACCAAACGUCACAAAUCUGGUAACUAUCAAGCUUGCCUCUGUUGAAGACUACCUCACAUGGCGUACUCAAUUUCAAUCUCCCCUGCUCUCACGUGAACUUCUUGGAUUUGUUGAUGGCUCAAUUCCUCUACCACAUCUUUUUAUCUGUGAUGGAUCUGGAACUCAACAACCUAAUCCUCUUUAUAGAUCAUGGGUUAAAGUUGAUCAAAAUGUUCGUUCUUGGCUGUUUGCGACGCUUUCUCGAGAAGUUCUCAUGGAUGUUCAUUUACUGCCUACUUCACAUGAUAUAUGGAAUUCUCUACAACGUUGCUACAUAGAUGCCAGUCAAGCAAAAUCUGUUGAACUAAAGAGACAACUCACUACUAUGCGCAAAAAUGGCUCUAUGUCAAUUGAUCAGUAUCUUCGCGAGGCCAAGCAGAUUGCUGACUCUCUUGCAGCAAUAAAUUCUCCUGUCUCUUCUUAAGAUUUUAUUGAUCAUGUGCUUCUUGGAUUGGGCAAGGAAUAUGACACUUUGGUUGGGAUUAUUACACACUAUCCUGGUUCAUUGUCGCUUGAAGAACUCAGAACGAAACUUCUACUCCAUGAAGAACGGUUGAAGCGUUUCAAGGAUAUAGAUACAGUUGUCACUCAUCAAGCAUUUGCUGCUCAAAAUGUGACUCAAAUCACUCAAAUGUCUCGGGUAUUCACUUUGCUUCUCUAGGAGGUCGUGGCAGGGGUCGUUCUUUCACAUCUAGGGGUCGAGGCCGUGGUGGUAGAGGUCGAGGCUCCUUUAGUCGGGGUCAACAACAUCAGGCAUCUUCUGGAUACACUUUUACUCGCAGUGGUUUCCCUGGACAAUCAUCGUCAGGUAUUGGUAGCGCUCCAACUGCCCCUUAUAUUUCGCCAUCUGUUAGUGCACCUUCAUCUUCCAUUGGAGUUUUAGGUCCUCCACCUUCUCCAACUGUUUGUCAAAUUUGUGGAAAUCCUGGUCAUUCUGCUCUUCAGUGUAAUAAUCAUUUUAACCAUGCAUUUGUUGCUAACGAUCUGCCUAAGUCUUUCGCUGCUAUGUCGGUUGGUGAAACAAAUUAUGCUACUUGGUAUUUAGACUCAGCUGCUACCGCUCACAUGACUCCAUCUGAAGUUGAAAAUGGAGUUUGAUUGAGAAGUCGUCGAGUUCGAAGUUCCCGUCCAUGUUUGGUUCGUGAUUCGGUCUGAGAUUUUGCUGCCUAUUUCGCCAUUGAAUUUCCGUAAUUGAAGCCAUUGUACCUGCUGAAUUUCUUUGCUGUCAAGAGAUAUUCUAACAUAACAGGUUCCUUCUGCUAUUCCCAUUUAUUUUAAUGCAUUGGUUGUGUGCUCUGUUUCGUUCCUUUGCCUUUGCUCGUUGGUCGUAGUUUGAUUGGAUAUUGUGAUUUUUCCGCUCGGCUUGGAUCAAUUCAAUUCUGUUGCUGUUGGGCUAAGCUUCUUCUAAAAAACGAUUUUAAAAAAUGGGAAUGGAAACAAGGACGUCGGUGUUUUUAACUUAAUGGUCAUUCAAAUUUUUUUAGUAAACUUCUUUGGUUUUCAUAUGAAUCACAGCUAAAUUAUUAGGCUCCUUUGUGAUUGUGUCCACUUUCAUGUUCAACUUUCAUGUGUUCUACAUUGAGAGUCAUGAUUCACACUCUAAUUGGUCUUAAGCAGUUUCUCAUUGUUAAUUUCCAUUAGGUAUAUUAGUUUGUAUUGAACUCCAUAUGUUAUGUUGAUAAAAGCAGUGAGUUUAGUUUUGUUACUUGUCCUAUGGGCUUGAAUAAUUAAUUUUUAAGUCUGAAAAGUUUAAGUCUCAAGCUAUGCUCAAGAUACAUUGACAAGUUAUGUUUCAUUGAGUUGAAGGAAUUGUGAUUUAAGUUGAAAGUGGUUGAAGUAUUUAAUGUUAUUUAGUGUUUGAAUUGAGUCUGAUUCUUAGUUGCUAAAAUUGAAGCGUUAAAGUUUGCAAGGAAUUUCGAUUCCUUAAUUAACUGCUUGCUUUUGAGUCAUGAAUCUCCUUUCAAUGUUGGGUUUUCUUUUAGGCAUAUCUGUGUCAAAUGAGCCAAUAUGAUUCGCAAACUACUAGUCCCUCCACCUGAACUUAAUUUCUCAUGAUUUAAUUCCCUUUCGUUACCUGCUGGCAUUGGCUUAUAUUUGUUUUUUCUACUUCUAUUUGCUCGGGUGGUUAUUUGUUUAGAUGUGACUUUAUUGCAUGGGAUGGAUGAUUAUCUUGUUUAGUUCAACUCUGUUAUGGAUUGUUUGAACGGUUUGAGGGGCUGGAUAAUUAAUAAUAAAAUAAAGUUAGUGCUGUAGUAUUUAUCGCUUUAUUUACUCGCUUAAUCUUUAGGAGCAUGCCUAGGCCGUUAUCACUUGGAUAGGCAAGCCUUAGGAUUUUUAUUUGAAUUUUGAGGUGAAAGGUUGUUUCCUUUAGUUUAUUAUUUAUCCGAGGAAUGCCCCCGAGGUACAUGUAAAUAUAGGCCAAGGAGAAGACGGUAUGACCAUGGAGGCAUAGUAUAGUAUUUUAUUUUAUUUAUUUAUUUUCUUUUUCCUUAUCGAGGUGGGGAACAACCUCGAGCCUCUUGUGUGUUUAUUUUUCUUUAUUUGUUGUUUUUACUUCAAUUCGAUAUUCUAAAAAGCCAACUAGAUUGGGUAUGCAAUUGUGACUUUCACGGGACUCGGGGAAUGCCUAACACAUUCUCCCCGAGUCAAAUGAACCCAUUAUCUAGAAUCUCUGGUGCAAACUGGUUUAAGAGUCAAACGCGAUUUGAAAGGAAAUUGUUAUUUAAAAAACAGACGGUGACCUGGCGCACCGAAAUCAAAUAUCAUGUGGCGACUCUAAAAAUCUUUCGAAACACAAUCUUUUGUCACUUUCUAAUUGAAAACCCUUUUGAGCUUUUUGAAUCACUUUAUAUAUUUUAAAGAGGGUUAGUGAGGUAAAAAAGGGGUGUGACACAAAAAAAUGAAAAAGGUGAGGAACUUCUAUUUCAUAUCUCAAGCAUAUAAAGAGUUUCUCCAAACAUCUCAUACUAAUGUUAUAUGUGCGAAAUAAUACUAACUUGUCCUAUGUUUAAUUUCUAUUUUCUGGCAUUAACCUUGAGUCAUGGGUCCCGUUCGGGUGGUCAAUAUUUUGUUGAAAUGGAAUGGGAUUGCAUGAUUGAUCAUGAUGUUGCUCGUUUUCUUAAAGAGGGUUGUUUAAACAAAGUGAUCCAGAUAAGGUUUUUGUUUGUAAGAAAUGCAGAUUGAUUGUGAACAUUCGGAACAAUAACUAUUAGAUGGCACUGGGAAUAACACCAAGGAUGUUAACCAAGGAGACAGAUAUAGAAAGGAGAGCAUGAGCAGAGGUUUUAAGUUACUUUUUUUGUUUCAAUAUUAGAUGUUGUCUUGUCAGUAAUAUAUAAAUUCUUGAUACUAAUAUUUAAUUUCUAGUCGAACAAGACUUGCAUUGGU